CAGGUUAACCAACCGUCAUAAGUUUAGAUGGCAGGUCUCCGUGAGGUAUGUAACCUCAAUAAUUUUGACAGUUAUCGAUGAUAGUUGCUGAAGAUCGAAUGGACAGAUUGUGAAUGUUUUCAUUUGAACAAUUAAUGAAUAAUCGGGGUAUCACUCAAGUUGAGCACAACCUACCACCGACAGCUGUCAAAAUUUUUGAGGUUACGUUGCCUUCGGUCAUUGCGGUGUCCUAUCAUCUAAACUUAAGACGCUUUGUCAACCUGACAAGGCAACUACUUUUAAAUCUAGAAUUUUAACGCAUGUGCGUUAGACCAUUCGACCGUAUCAUUUCAUACUCUGUAGCACAGUUUCUAUAUGUGUAUAGAAAUAUAUAUGUAUAUAGAAAUCAGUGCAGCUAGCGCUACUCGGUACACAUAUUACAUACAUACACUCUACCAAGAUAGUUUUGAUCGAGUCCCUGCACAGAAUAACCCGGCGUACACUAAUAAACCCUUUAAACUUAUGAGAAAUAUGAGCUGCACUACAAGGAAAUUUCUUAAAUGUUACACAAAUAAUUGAUAAAUAUUAUUUCCAAACUUGAAUAUGCAAUAAUACAUACAUACUUAUAUAUUCACAUGAUUCACGAUUAGAAAUGUAAAUAGCAGUCCUAAGUUGAGAAAAUGCUGAUGUUGAUUCGAAACAACGUUGUUACUGGAUUGAGAAGAAAGUAUCGAGAUGUUAGCACAUGGUCCUCGUUAGCAACGGCAUUCAACACAAAGUCGGUUGAUGUGAUCGAUUCUUUGGUGUCGCGAAAAGAAACGGGUCUAUUUGGGAUUCCUGAACUCGACGAUGCCGAAGGAUUUGAUCUACUCAAAAGAAGAGCCAUGGCUCAAACAGACGAACUAAUUGAAGAAGCUACGAGCCAAACAAGAAGCCGAAAAAUUGUAGAAAUUUUUGACGAGCUUUCUGAUUCACUUUGCAAGGUUGCAGACUUAGCAGAAUUUGUCAGAAUUGCUCAUCCUGAUAGGAAAUUUUCAGAUGCAGCCGAAGAUGCUUGUAUCACGAUAAGUGGCGUCGUCGAAAAGCUGAACACCCAUAAGGAAUUAUACAACUCAUUGCUGCAUGUGGUGAAAAAUGGAGACGUCGUGGAAACUACAGAAGUAGACGAACAUGUUGCCAAAUUGUUCGCUUUUGAUUUUGAGCAAUGCGGUAUACACCUAAUCGAAGAACAACGGCAAAAAGUUGUACAUCUGAAUGAUCGAAUUCUCCAAACGGGUCAGCGUUUUAUGGCCGGCACAGUGCACCCUAGAGCAGUGAAGAAGGAUGUUCUUCCACCUGAAAUAAGGCAAUACUUCACUACCGAAGGCGGUCAAAUAUUGGUCCAAGGACUUUACACAGAUUCCUCCAAUGCCAUUGCUAGAGAAGCUGCAUACAAGAUAUUCCUAUACCCGGAUUCUCAACAGGAGCUUCUCCUCAGGGGCUUAUUAAACGAUCGACACGAUCUGGCUGAAAUAUGCGGAUUUCCUUCCUAUGCUCAUAGAGCCGUCCGAGGUAGCACAGUCGAGAAACCUGAAGUAGUUUAUGAAUUUUUAAACAUUCUCAGCGACCAGCUAAAGCACAGAGCGCAUAGUGAUUUUCAAAUAAUGCAGCAAAUGAAAAAUGCUGAGACUGGAACAAAUCAGGAUUUAAUGGCAUGGGACACAGCAUAUUUUAUAGCAAAAGCAAAAAAGGCAUGGCUAAACACAUCUAGUGCAGAAUUUGCACCUUAUUUUUCUCUUGGAACGUGUAUGGAGGGUCUGAAUACGUUGACGCAAGCUUUGUACGGUGUUAAAUUGGAGCCAGAGCCAGUCGUUAAAGGUGAAGUUUGGGCCAGCGACAUUCGCAAGUUGGCUGUGGUAGAUAAUGUCCAAGGGACGUUAGGAUACAUUUAUUGUGACUUUUAUGAAAGAAUGGGGAAACCCAAUCAGGAUUGUCACUUCACCAUCAGAGGUGGAAAGCAGUUGCCUGAUGGCAGCUACCAGAAUCCAAUAGUUGUGCUAAUGUUGUCACUACCAUCGCCACGAUGGUCAUCGCCGAGUCUUUUAAGUUCGUCGUCGGUGGAUAACUUAUUUCAUGAAAUGGGACACGCGUUGCAUUCAAUGCUGGGCAGAACCCAGUAUCAACACGUCACAGGAACGAGGUGCAGCACAGAUUUUGCAGAGGUGCCAAGCGUCCUAAUGGAGUACUUUGCAAGCGAUCCCAGGGUGGUUUCGACGUUCGCAAAGCACUUUCAAACCCAGGAGCCAAUCCCUGAUGACAUGCUGCACAGACUGUGUGCCUCGAAGCACUUGUUUCCUGCCUCCGAGUUGCAGAAUCAAGUAUUUUAUAGUAUGUUGGAUCAAGUGUAUCACAGCCGUCGCUUAGAGCAGCCCAGCACAGAAAUACUAGCUGAUUUACAAGACAGAUAUUACGGUUUGCCAUACGUCCAGAAUACUGCUUGGCAGCUGCGAUUUUCUCACCUUGUUGGAUACGGUGCGAAAUAUUACUCGUACCUAAUUUCUCGCGCCAUAGCUUCGUGGAUAUGGCAGACUUACUUUGAGGCUGAUCCGUUCAGUCGAAUUUCAGGGGAAAGAUAUCGGACAGAAUGUCUUGCUCACGGAGGAGGAAAAUCUCCGUCGAUAUUAGUGUCAGAUUUCCUUUCCAAGGACGCAAACGCCCAAAAUUUUGCGAAGUCAUUGAUCAACGAGAUCGACGCCAAAAAUGAUCACAUGCAUGAAAUAAAAAAUAUCACUUCUUAGCUCCAUUACGUACCAUCGAUUCUCUUACAAUCAUUGUUAGAAAGAACGUGGUUUCUGCAAAAUUAAUAGUUUUUCCGUAGUCUAGAUUGUGAGUAGACGUUAUUGUUUGUAAGUAUACAGCAAAUGUAUGCACUGAAAUUGACUGCAUCAGUCCGCUCGCACGACGCAUAUUCAAGCUAGUCUGUAGCGCAGUGGCUAAUCGUAAUACCAUAGCUUUGAGUUUUUGCGUACCGAGGUCAAAUUCGAUCUGUUUUGUUUCUUAUUAUCUUCUGUUAACGCGAAAGUAGAUGAGAUCAAUAUUUUUUUGUUAAAAAAUAAAUAAACAUAACAAAUCUUAUUGAAAAUAGAUUUUACUACCAUAAAUCUUAUAUAAUCUUAUAUAAUUGACAGUAAUUGUAAAUGAAAAAUAUAGGUAUAAACUAUAGAAUUUCAAUUUUUGCUUUGAUUUUUACUUUUCAACGAUAAGAGAACCAGUGCAUUACUCAGUGUAAUAUCUAUGAUAAAAACAUUCAAAGCAUAAAAGUUCGAAGCACCACGAGCAACAUGCGACCGCAUAUUUGCCAUAGUCAAAUGUUUUAUUGUGAAUGUCAUUAGGAAAAACAACCUCGUUACGGUUGCUAAAUACCUCGCGUUGUAGUGAUAAUUUCGCGACAAACUAUGCAUAUUGAAGCUUUUCUUAAAAGCGGGAGUCUGCAAUUGAUGAUAGAUGAAGGAGUGUAUUUUAAUUGCAUCACUUUUAUUUCUAAUUUACCUCUACUGUGCGAUCAGAAUAGGGCAAUUUUGUAAUCGGUGAAUAUAAUUAUUCACUUGGCUGUAAAAGUAUUUGAACUGACUCGUGAUUGAACUGUGUAAAUAAAAAAAAGCUUUUUAAGAUGUAUAUAACAUCAAGGAUUAGGUAUUAUAAAUAAUAGGUGUUGGAAUUUUUCGUUGUGUUUUUAUUACAAGUACGGAAUCUUAUCCUAUUUACAAUGUUGACAAAAUCCUACGAAAUAUUUACCACAAAAAUAAGUCUCGUAGCAGAGUGACUUGAAUGUUUGGUACAGCCUGACGCAACGCUAGUCUCUAAGAGUUAUUAUUUAUAUCGGAUUAAAUUGGCAUGAUAAUUAUACGCGUAUGUUGAGAAAUGUUGAUCGGCAUUCAUUACAACUGACUUGCAAAAAAUUGAAUCUACGGAGUUAGUGGCAAUGCUACUUUGAUCAAGAG